AUGAUGGGGAUCUUUAACAGAGGCAACCGCAACAAUGGGGCUCCGAAUACCCCUUCGCCCGCUCCGCCAAACCCCAAGAAGGACCUUCAAACGCCGCAGAUCAGCCCACUGGAGAAGAGAUUACAGGACAUGGGCUCUAUCCGAGAAGAUGGAAGCGAUAAGUUCUUUGGUAUGGAAAAUUACGGAAACACUUGCUACUGCAAUUCGAUCCUCCAAUGCCUUUACUACUCCGUUCCUUUCCGCGAAGCCGUGAUCAACUAUCCUCAACGAACCCCAGUCGAGAGCAUCGAGGCGGCGCUCGCCAAAAACCUGCGAUACCAAAACCCGAAUGCGCACCUGGAGGCUGAAGCGCUAGCAGCUAAGCAGAAGGCCGCUGCGCCCUCAUCGCGCCAGGCGGGCGUGUCACCAAACCAACCCCAGAAACCAGAAGAUAAGGACUCCCCGGAAUACAAGAAGAAAGUCGCCCUGCAGACUCUCCCGAUCCUCGAGACGAAGAACAAUGCUGCCAGUUACGGCAUGUCGGAAUCUCUCUUUACUUCAUUAAAAGACAUAUUUGAGUCGCUAGUGGGUAGUCAGUCACGUAUCGGAAUCAUCCGACCGCAGCAGUUUUUGGAUGUGCUUCGCCGCGAGCACGAAAUGUUCCGGACAGCCAUGCACCAGGAUGCGCAUGAGUUUUUGAAUCUGCUAUUAAACGAGGUCGUAUCAAAUGUCGAAGCGGAGGCGACGAAACAGAGUUUCGCAGAGAAGACGCUACCCAGCGCCAGCGCAGAUUCGCUGGGCAUGACAGAAAGCCCUGGUUCGAAGUCUCCAAAUACGACAAGAUGGGUCCACGAAUUAUUUGAGGGUACUUUGACGUCGGAAACGAAGUGUUUGACCUGUGAGAAGGUCUCUCAGCGAGAUGAGGUGUUUUUGGAUCUUUCAGUUGAUCUCGAGCAGCAUUCGUCCGUGACAUCUUGUCUGCGGAAGUUCUCAGCUGAGGAAAUGCUUUGUGAAAGGAACAAGUUUCACUGCGAUAACUGCGGUGGCCUUCAGGAAGCAGAGAAACGUAUGAAGAUCAAGCGUCUGCCCCGCGUAUUGGCCUUGCAUCUGAAACGUUUCAAAUAUACCGAGGACUUGCAGCGACUGCAGAAGCUCUUCCACCGAGUUGUUUAUCCUUAUCAUCUGCGUCUGUUCAACACGACCGAUGACGCCGAAGACCCGGAUCGACUGUACGAAUUGUACGCCGUUGUGGUUCACAUUGGUGGAGGGCCAUACCACGGCCACUAUGUUGCGAUCAUCAAGACGGAAGAUCGUGGUUGGUUGCUGUUCGAUGAUGAACUGGUUGAACCGGUGGACAAAAACUACGUGCGCAACUUCUUCGGUGAUCGCCCGGGUCUAGCCUGUGCCUAUGUCCUCUUUUACCAAGAGACAACAUUGGAGGCUGUUCUUCGGGAACAGGCUAGGGAGGAUCGGGCAUCCUCCGCGGCAGCAGCUGAGGCGAACGCACAAGUCAAUGGAUCUCUAACUCAUGUGCACAGCGUGCCUGUAGAUGAUUCACACCGACCGAUCCCUCUUAGCAAAAUAACAACAGCGCCCGGUCAAAUGCCUGUACAUCUGGAAGUCCCUGAGGCUGAUCCGAUGCCUCCAUCACAAGCCGUUCAGCCACCAGAGGUCCCACCCCUACCACCGAUCCCUGACGAGCAACCUCCUUCUCUGAGUCCGAAGAAGAGCGAUGCCCAAAUCCGGAAGGAUAAAGUUCGGGAGGAGAAGGAGCAGCGCGCAGCACAAAAGGCAGCAGAAAAAGCGGCCGAGAAAGCAGCCAAAGAUGAGCGGGAAAACAGAGAGAAGAUGGAGAGAAUUCAACGCAGGGAACUUGACCAGCAACGGCAAGCCCAGAUGAAACAGGAGGCUGCGGAUCUCGAAAGAGCCCUUAAAGCAAGCAAGGAAUCGAGCAAGGCUGAAACUGCUGAUAUUGGGCCUGAAAAUGGUUCACCUCGGGAUUCUUCCAGGUUUAGCAUUUUCAGACGUAGCAGUCGCAGUCUGAGCAGCAGUCUCAGCAAUCGACUCAGCAAGGACAAAGAACCUCGAGUGUCGACUUCAACUGCGGAGACUACCCCAGCUCCUGUUCUCGAAGUACCGGCCCAAGAAGAAGAGCGUAUUCCACCACCCGUUCCUGCAAAAGAUGCCCCGGAUCUUUCCAGUUCAUACAAAUCCACAUUCACGCAGCCAUUCCCACCUGCGGUGCCGGAAAAGCAUGAUCCUUACUUCAAUCACAGCAAUACCCACCUUCCUCCUCUCUCUACCUCUCCCACGACCAAGCAUAUCAGCCAUGUCAAUCAUCUCAACAGCCCUAAUGGUAAUGGAAACGGUAAUAGCAACGGCGGCAGCAAUGGCAGCACCGACAAAUCAGGUGUUGGCCACACUCAUCGAUGGAGAUCGUUCAGCUUCAAAAAAUCAGCAGCGUCAUGA